UUCACCAAGCUUUCGACCAUCUUCGUCAUCUCUCUUAUGGGAAGUGCCGCCAUCGCCGCUCCACCAGCCGAUAACGCUCCUGUUGUCCUAGCUGAGAGCCUGGAGAAGCGCGGGUUUGGCUGUUCCCUUGGGCAAGAUUGCAUGCCACCGUCACCUAAGUUUACCUCUUGCUCUUUGAUCUUACAUAGUGCGUCGAUAUUGGCCGCAAGUUCGGCUAUUGCCGUGUUAAAUUGA